UUCACAAAAUAAAGCCAAUUUUAAACAGUUUCCUCUUUCUCUCUCUUCUCUCAUUUUCUCCCUUCUUCUCUCUUCGUCUUUUUUCUCAACAGACAAAUUACUUCACCACGAAGAACAGAAGAAGAAAAUCAAACUGAACGCAAAACCCUAACGGAAGAAGAUCGAACCUAUCGAUUUCCAUGGAGUCGCUGUCACGACCGCUGCACAGGAGAAAGCACUCCGCGGUCUCCUCCUCUUCAUUCUCGCGCAGAAAUCCCUACGCUCACGUUGUGCUCUCCGGAGGCGAUAAAGCCAAGUUUCAGCCUCUCGAGUACGCUGAGAUUUUCUCCGGUUCAUCUUCCAUUCCGGUUCUCGAUCUUUCUGGUUUCAGCCAACCGGGCGGCUGUCGGAGCUCCGAGCUCGAUUACUCCAACAUUUUCGGUGCCAAGGCUGGUGACGUGGCCUUGUCUCAUGAGCAGCUGUUCAAUAAGAAAACCAAAACGCGGAUUGCGGCUGAUUCAGAAUCUCCAUUUCAAGAAUAUGGUUCUCUCAAUCCAGGUAAUGGCCUUCAGCAGCAAUUUAACUUGUCAUUUAACAAGACCAGUCAAAGGAGUAGCAAUGAAUCGAAUGGGAAAACACAUAUAGCACAACUCCAGGCCGUUCCUGGUUUUACUCACUUUGUUGAUGAUGGAACUCCUCAACCGCAGAAGAAAGAAGGUGAUGAUACCCCUGUUCCUUUAGUGAAACGUGAAGUUAGCCGGACCUGGAGUUUCAGUACUGGCUCUGAUGCGACAAAGGUUAAACGUGGAUUAAGUUCUGAAAAGUCACACACACCGGAUAAAUCAUGUUUACCAAUUUUUGCUUCUAAAGAUGCUUCUGUAGAGAUUGGUGGUGAAAAUCCACCACCUCUCUCUGAUGAGGAGUUGGAUGAAAAUUCAGAUGCCGCAAAAUCCAUUGCUGCUUUGAAGAAAGCCAUAGAGCAGGCUCAGGAAAGUAUGAGACUUGCUAAAAUGAUUAUGCAAAAGAAAAGAGAAGGUACUAAAGAUGGUUCAAGAGCCUGGAGGUCUAAGGGUCGGUCAAAGGUUGAGGUCCUUGAGGAUGAGAAGGAAACUAGGACUGAGCAUGCGUCUGGUGGUUCGAAGGAGAACAAUUUGAAAGGGAAAAAUCAGCGAUUAGAUCCUACAGUCCAUGUGCCCGGUAAGGUUGGUGGAAGAUCUAAUCCAGCCCUGAGUCAUAGUGACAGCCUUCUAAAUGCUCGGAAGGCUAAUGUGGAAUCAGUCGUGGAGAUUUUUAAACCAACUAAAACUGAGCAUGCAUCUGGUGGUUCGAAGGAGAACAAUUUGGAAGGGAAAAAUCAGCGAUUAGGUCCUACAUACCAUGUGCUCGCUGAGGUUGAUGGAAAAUCUGAUCCAAUCCUGAGUCAUAGUGACAAUCUUCUAAAUGCUAGGAAGGCUAAUGUGGAAUCAGUCAUGGAGAUUUUCGAACCAGCCAAUGAUCAUGGAGAUGUAUUUGUUGAGGUAGAUAAGAAUUCUACUCCAUCUUGCAGUCAGAGUGGGUCAACUAACACCGACAAAAAGGAUGAAAUGAAAAAUAUCAGGCAAAAUGUUGGGAUAUCUGAACUACAUGGAGAGACAACUGAUUUUACCGGAUUAGCAGAAACUUCAGUUCUGGAAUCUGGGAAGGUAGACUGCAAUGCUAGCUCCCCAAUGCAUCAAGCAGAACGUCCUGGAGAUAUUUCUAGAAGGAUAGAAAGUGCGGAGAACACUUCUAAGAGUCAGCAAGAGCUGGAACAGAGUUCUAAUGAAGAAGCUGCGGAUCAGUGUCAGGCAACUGCUAGUACUGUAAAAGGCCCUGCAAAACUUCUGGAACAGUUGGAAAGAGUUUUAAGUGUUUCUGGAAGCACACAAGAGCAGGAGAAGAUUAUGCAUGGAAAUGGACAUUUGAGGAUCAGCCAGGAAAACGAACCACCCGAGGAUACUGGCUGCAUUGCUGAUAAGGAAAUGUAUGAGAAGAAAUUUGUGGAGCAUGAAGAAUUGUAUUUGGCUGAACACUCGACAAUGCGCAGGUCUAAUUUCAAUACUUUGCAUAAUGAUUUACUAACUCAGGCUGAGGAAAAUAUGAUCGAUCAAGCACACAUCGAUGAGCAGCCCGAAAAUGUCGCUGAGUGGAAAGAAGAUGACCAAGAUGCACAAUUCAGUGAUGAAGGAGAAAAUGCAAUGGUGUUGAAUGAGGAGAUUAUAUGGUAUGACAGUGAACUGCAGCUGGAGGAAUCUGUGGAGGAAAAUGUAAAUGAGAGGGAGCCUGGAAUCGUUCCAGUAGUUGAAGAAGCUGUGACCAAGGUGGACAUGGUUUUCAAGUCAGAAAUUGAUGAGAAAUUAAAAUUUGAACUUGAUGAAGUUAGUCAAACCGUGCCUGGAAUAAUUGGGGAGAAUGAGAUAGCAAUGAGAUGUAUGGAUGCAUCAGAAUUUGAGCAAAUUGAGACCAUACAGAUAGGAACAAAUGGUGGUGAUAAGGAGGUUCAGAAUGGUAGAACUCCUUUAGAUGUUGAGGAAUUAAAUCAUACUGAUGGAGCAGCAGAUACAAGGAAAAAUCUUCCAGACAUUGGUCGGAAAUUAAAUGAUUCUGCUUCUCAAAAGGAUAAUAGUGAAGCCUUUGCUGUCCAUUCAAAUGAUCAUGGCACCAUUUUCAGCGAUAGUCAUGGUGUUAAUACUUCAACCUUCUUCAGUAGGACUCCAGAACCUUGUAGUGCUGACAACGAGGCAGAACAAUAUCGAGCAGUUCUUAGAGGCCGUGAAGAGAACUAUAGCUUGCCUCUAGAAACUGAAGAGGAAAAUGAGGCAGAUAAACAGUUUGAGGUGGAGGUAAAUAUAAUGCCUGGAACAGAUAGCUUGUGUGGAUGUUCGUCUGCAGAGAAGUUAACAGAAAGCCAAGUGGACAAUACUUAUGACGGGUUCUCUUCCGAUAGCAAGUCUACCAGUUUUGUUUUAACUAAUGUGGAUCAAGAGAAAACACUGCCAAACAAUGAGGAUAUGUUCAAGACAGCCACUGAGAUUCAUAAUGCUGCGAACACCAAUAUGCAAAAUUUUUCUGAGCAACAUGUUUCUACUGAUAACCAGUUGGAAAGAAUUGAUACCACAAAUGUAAUGCCAGAUAUGCAGCAAAACUCAGAGAACAGUGAGGAAUCUCAAUCAACCUCAGAUAUGUUCAAGACAGCUACUGAGAUUCAUAAUGCUGCGAACACCAAUAUGCAAAAUUUUUCUGAGCAACAUGUUUCUACUGAUAACCAGUUGGAAAGAAUUGAUACCACAAAUGUAAUGCCAGAUAUGCAGCAAAACUCAGAGAACAGUGAGGAAUCUCAAUCAACCUCAGAUGUUGAAAGUGUAGAUGAGGUAUCAGCUGAUGAGUCUCCAGCUUGUAGAGAUAAUGCAAAAGACAUAUCCUCAUACAUGGAAGAAGAAAAAGUUGAUCUUGAUAUGAAGUCUGAUGAAAGAGUAAAUGCUGCAAAACAAAGUGGAUGUCUGAACUCCAAAGACCAAACUCACCUCUCUCAAACAAAUUCUGAACCUAAAGAGAUGGACAAAUCUUCGGAAGCUGAAAGAGAAAUAAAAACAGGUCAACACAUGGAAGAAAAUAUCCAGAAUCGUGGCAGAACCUCACUCUCAGAAAAUAAAGAUGCCAAAGGAAAUGAGCAGGAUGAGAUGGAUUCUUGGCAAAGGAUUGAAGCCAUUAGGAGGGGAAGAGAACGGGAAAAAGGUAGAAUGGCUGCUGAGAGAGAACGGGAAAAGGAUAGAAUAGCUGUUGAGAGAGCGAUCCGAGAAGCACGUGAGAGAGCUUUUGCUGAAGCUCGAGAAAGGGCAGAACGAGCUGCAGCAGCUGAAGCUCAUCGGAGAGUUAAUGGGGAGGUGCGGGAAAAGACUGUGAAGGCAUCCGUAGGGACUAGGCCAUCAGUUGAUAAGGCAUCCACUGAAGCCAAGAUCAGAGUCGAACGUGCUGCUGUAGAAAGAGCAACCGCAGAAGCACGUGAACGUGCUCUAGAGAAAGCAAUGUCUCAAAAAAAUUCCAUGGGCUCUAGAGGACAGGCUACAAAAUAUAAUGCAGAAAGGUCUUCAAGUUCUUCCAGCAAUAAUGGAUUGAAGCAUAGUUUCUCAUUCUAUGAUUUGGAGAAAUCUGAUGGAACUACCAGUGAAUCAGCAAAGAGAUGUAAAGCUAGUUUAGAGAGACACCAGAGGAUAAUGGAGCGAGCGGCAAAGGCCCUUGCUGAGAAGAAUACAUAUGAUCUUCUUGCCCAGAAAGAGCAGGAUGAGAGAAGUAGAUUAGCUAAAUCUCUUGAUGCUGAUAUAAAGAGAUGGGCCACAGGAAAAGAGGGGAAUUUGCGUGCACUACUCUCGACUCUACAAUAUAUUCUUGGACCUGAUAGUGCCUGGCAUCCUGUCUCACUGACAGACAUUGUUACUGCUGCUGCUGUAAAGAAAACAUACAGGAAAGCAACUCUUUGCGUACAUCCGGACAAAUUACAGCAACGAGGAGCUAGCAUUCAACAAAAAUACAUAUGUGAAAAGAUUUUUGAUCUUCUGAAGGUUGCAUGGAACAAGUUCAAUUCAGAGGAAAAUUAACCAGGAAAAGGAGCGACUAUUAUUUUAAAAGGUGCACCUUUACCUUUGAUUUCAUUAUUUUUUUCCUAGAAAUAGGUUGGUGACAAUGACUUCCAUCUUUUGAUAGCUUGAUGUAGUUGAAUGACCUUUGACUGCUGAUGAGCACGAAUGUAUGUAUAUUUGAUAGUAAUAUCCUCAGGUUUUACAUAUAAA